AUGGAUAUUGUAGCAGAGAUGGAUCCUGGUAAUUCAUUUGGUAGUAGUAGUAGUAGUAGUAGUAGUAGUAGUAGUAGUAGUAGUAGUAGUAGUAGUAGUAGUAGUAGUAGUAGUAGUAGUAGUAGUAGUAGUAGUAGUAGUAGUAGUAGUAGUAGUAGUAGUAGUAGUAGUAGUAGUAGUAGGAGUAGUAGUAGUAGUAGUAGUAGUAGUAGUAGUAGUAGUAGUAGUAGUAGUAGUAGUAGUAGUAGUAGUAGUAGUAGUAGUAGUAGUAGUAGUAGUAGUAGUAGUAGUAGUAGUAGUAGUAGUAGUAGUAGUAGUAGUAGUAGUAGUAGUAGUAGUAGUAGUAGUAGUAGUAGUAGUAGUAGUAGUAGUAGUAGUAGUAGUAGUAGUAGUAGUAGUAGUAGUAGUAGUAGUAGUAGUAGUAGUAGUAGUAGUAGUAGUAGUAGUAGUAGUAGUAGUAGUAGUAGUAGUAGUAGUAGUAGUAGUAGUAGUAGUAGUAGUAGUAGUAGUAGUAGUAGUAGUAGUAGUAGUAGUAGUAGUAGUAGUAGUAGUAGUAGUAGUAGUAGUAGUAGUAGUAGUAGUAGUAGUAGUAGUAGUAGUAGUAGUAGUAGUAGUAGUAGUAGUAGUAGUAGUAGUAGUAGUAGUAGUAGUAGUAGUAGUAGUAGUAGUAGUAGUAGUAGUAGUAGUAGUAGUAGUAGUAGUAGUAGUAGUAGUAGUAGUAGUAGUAGUAGUAGUAGUAGUAGUAGUAGUAGUAGUAGUAGUAGUAGUAGUAGUAGUAGUAGUAGUAGUAGUAGUAGUAGUAGUAGUAGUAGUAGUAGUAGUAGUAGUAGUAGUAGUAGUAGUAGUAGUAGUAGUAGUAGUAGUAGUAGUAGUAGUAGUAGUAGUAGUAGUAGUAGUAGUAGUAGUAGUAGUAGUAGUAGUAGUAGUAGUAGUAGUAGUAGUAGUAGUAGUAGUAGUAGUAGUAGUAGUAGUAGUAGUAGUAGUAGUAGUAGUAGUAGUAGUAGUAGUAGUAGUAGUAGUAGUAGUAGUAGUAGUAGUAGUAGUAGUAGUAGUAGUAGUAGUAGUAGUAGUAGUAGUAGUAGUAGUAGUAGUAGUAGUAGUAGUAGUAGUAGUAGUAGUAGUAGUAGUAGUAGUAGUAGUAGUAGUAGUAGUAGUAGUAGUAGUAGUAGUAGUAGUAGUAGUAGUAGUAGUAGUAGUAGUAGUAGUAGUAGUAGUAGUAGUAGUAGUAGUAGUAGUAGUAGUAGUAGUAGUAGUAGUAGUAGUAGUAGUAGUAGUAGUAGUAGUAGUAGUAGUAGUAGUAGUAGUAGUAGUAGUAGUAGUAGUAGUAGUAGUAGUAGUAGUAGUAGUAGUAGUAGUAGUAGUAGUAGUAGUAGUAGUAGUAGUAGUAGUAGUAGUAGUAGUAGUAGUAGUAGUAGUAGUAGUAGUAGUAGUAGUAGUAGUAGUAGUAGUAGUAGUAGUAGUAGUAGUAGUAGUAGUAGUAGUAGUAGUAGUAGUAGUAGUAGUAGUAGUAGUAGUAGUAGUAGUAGUAGUAGUAGUAGUAGUAGUAGUAGUAGUAGUAGUAGUAGUAGUAGUAGUAGUAGUAGUAGUAGUAGUAGUAGUAGUAGUAGUAGUAGUAGUAGUAGUAGUAGUAGUAGUAGUAGUAGUAGUAGUAGUAGUAGUAGUAGUAGUAGUAGUAGUAGUAGUAGUAGUAGUAGUAGUAGUAGUAGUAGUAGUAGUAGUAGUAGUAGUAGUAGUAGUAGUAGUAGUAGUAGUAGUAGUAGUAGUAGUAGUAGUAGUAGUAGUAGUAGUAGUAGUAGUAGUAGUAGUAGUAGUAGUAGUAGUAGUAGUAGUAGUAGUAGUAGUAGUAGUAGUAGUAGUAGUAGUAGUAGUAGUAGUAGUAGUAGUAGUAGUAGUAGUAGUAGUAGUAGUAGUAGUAGUAGUAGUAGUAGUAGUAGUAGUAGUAGUAGUAGUAGUAGUAGUAGUAGUAGUAGUAGUAGUAGUAGUAGUAGUAGUAGUAGUAGUAGUAGUAGUAGUAGUAGUAGUAGUAGUAGUAGUAGUAGUAGUAGUAGUAGUAGUAGUAGUAGUAGUAGUAGUAGUAGUAGUAGUAGUAGUAGUAGUAGUAGUAGUAGUAGUAGUAGUAGUAGUAGUAGUAGUAGUAGUAGUAGUAGUAGUAGUAGUAGUAGUAGUAGUAGUAGUAGUAGUAGUAGUAGUAGUAGUAGUAGUAGUAGUAGUAGUAGUAGUAGUAGUAGUAGUAGUAGUAGUAGUAGUAGUAGUAGUAGUAGUAGUAGUAGUAGUAGUAGUAGUAGUAGUAGUAGUAGUAGUAGUAGUAGUAGUCGUAGUAGUAGUAGUAGUAGUAGUAGUAGUAUCACAAAUUUACGAAACUUGUACAUACCGAAUCUUGUUAAUUAA